CCUACACAGCAGGCCUCCAGCUCAGAGCGUUUAGCAGAUGGUAGUAUCUCUGAAAGUUAAUAACACUGCUUUGUUUUCAUUGUGUUUAUUUGUACAGUUACAGUUGGCCCUCCGUAUCCAUGGAUGCAGAACCUGCAGAUACAGAGGGCCAAGUAAGGGACUUGAACAUCCACAGAUUUUGGUAUCCGCAGGAGGUCCUGGAACCAAUCGCCUGCGAGUACCGAGGGACAACUGUACUUUUAUCCACAGAUGUGAUUCAGACUUUCCUUUUAAAGUUGGUCUCCACCCACAUCUUUUAAUCUUGAAGACUUCAAAAUACACCUCGAUCUACCACUUUUUUGGAAAACUCCAAUACCAGGCAAUAAAUUACUCACUGUGCUCUUGUUAUAGUAUAGAAGCUUUUGAGUUCUCCAAAUUAAAUAAGAUUUUCUCCCAUUUUCCCAUGAAGCCACAUUGUUGUUUAUUCACUUUAGUGGUGAGUAUUAUUGUGCCAGCUGCUUUUGUUUUGGAAGAUGUAGGCUUCAGUCAAGUGGCCCCACUGGAAGCAAAUCAGAGGUCUUUCAAUGCAUCAUUUCCCUCAAGCUUUGAACUCACAGCAGGUUCCCACUCAGGUGAUGAUGUCAUCAUAGCCAAAGAGGGAACUAGUGUUUCGAUCGAGUGUCUUCUCACUGUCGACCACUAUGAAGAUGUCCAUUGGUACAACUCAAAAGGAGAGAAACUGGAUGACGAAGGCAGAGGUGGAAAAUGGUUGGUUUCUGAUAACUUCCUGAAUAUCACCAACGUAGCCUUUGAUGACCGUGGGCUCUAUACAUGUUUUGUCACCUCUCCAAUUCGUGCCUCCUACUCUGUCACCCUGCGUGUUAUCUUCACCUCGGGAGACAUGAGUGUCUACUACAUGAUUGUUUGCCUGAUUGCCUUUACUAUCACUCUCAUCUUAAAUGUCACACGGCUGUGCAUGAUGAGCAGCCAUCUUCGUAAGACUGAGAAGGCUAUCAAUGAAUUCUUCAGAACUGAAGGGGCUGAGAAACUUCAGAAGGCCUUUGAAAUUGCAAAACGCAUCCCCAUCAUCACCUCGGCCAAGACUCUGGAGCUCGCCAAAGUCACACAAUUUAAGACCAUGGAAUUUGCUCGUUAUAUUGAAGAACUGGCAAGAAGCGUCCCUCUUCCGCCCCUUAUUCUAAACUGUCGGGCUUUUGUUGAGGAGAUGUUUGAAGCUGUGCGAGUGGAUGACCCUGAUGACAUGGGAGAAAGAAUUAAAGAGAGACCUGCCUUGAAUGCUCAAGGUGGCGUCUAUGUCAUUAAUGCAGAGAUGGGUCGGAGUAAUUCACCAGGAGGAGAUUCGGAUGAUGGUUCUCUGAAUGAACAAGGCCAGGAGAUAGCAGUUCAAGUUUCUGUCCACCUUCAGUCAGAGACCAAAAGUAUUGAUACAGAUUCUCAAGAUAGCAGCCAUUUCAGCCCGCCUGAUGAUACAGGAUCAGCCGAAUUGAACUCUAACUACAAAGAUGGGGCAUAUGACAGCUGCCAGCUGUGAGCUAUCCCAGUACCUACAAAAAUAGCUCUCAGAACAGGAACCUGUUUCAUGCAGGAAAAUAACAUUUCACCAAAAGAUGACUGGGGUUUUCCCCUUGUUAAUAUUAAGCACAUCGGAACGUGAAUUAUUGCCAAAAGCUUUGUAAAAAUUCAGAGUUUUCCCUGAUAAUUUUCAGUCGUUUUCCUCAAGCUUGAGUAAAUGAUACAUGUUAAGAUUUAAAGGAGCCUGAGAGAUAGACCUAAUGGGGAAAGUACUGAAGUACUGCGCUAAGAGUUCCAUGGCUUCUCUUCUUGGUCACGGUUCUUCCAUUGGUUAGGGCUGACGCUUAUCUUGGGGCCUCAGUUUUCCCACCAAUAAGAUGAGAGAUUUGCAUUACAUGAUAUCUAAAGUCAUUUCUAGCCCUAUAACUUCUUACCUGUCACCUUUAAACCACUCAGCAUAUCUCUAAAUAAACCCUUCCCUAGACUUUUAGUCCCUUUUUAUGGAAAGGACCAAGCUGAGACUUAGUCCUUGAUUCAGGUUCCCACACCAAUGCUAUAGUGCAUAGUGGUGUGAGUGUUUUUCAGAUGGUUGGCCUUGUGGAGCGUGCAAUUGUAUGUGCUCGGUUGAAUCUUUUCAGUGUAGCCCCUGUCUAUAUUAUACAGAUAUCAGGGAGCUAACUGCUCAUUAGUAAACUACUUUCCACAAGUAAAUUAGUCCUUUUGGGGGAUAUAUCAUGUAUCUUUAACUUACUGAGGCAUCAUUUAGUUCAUUGAGCUAGCAGUGAUUUCCCAUCUGAUCUCCAAAAGUGAGCAAUUUUCUCCUAAGGAAUAAUGUCUUCAAUGCUUUUAGAGUAAGAAACAAUGUCAAAUCAUCUGUUUCUGGUAAAUCAUGGAUUUUGACAUUUCUAUUAAUAGAAUUUCUCAGGAUUUCCCUUUUUAAAGGUACUGGGCUUUACAAGAGGGUUCUGUGUUUGGGAUCCCAUUCCAGGGGGAAACCCAGAGCUGGAUUCCUCUUUAGACCUCUGUCUAUACCCUUGCCCUCCGCGGUCUUAAACACGGUGCUAAAGGUUGCAUGCCUCCUUAUCUUUUUUUUUUUGUUUAUAUUUUAUUGUUGUCGAGAUUUUUAUUUUUGUGUACUUCAGAUAUAGGAAUCUGAGAUAGGGCUGCUUUUGUGUCAUUUCUGAGAAGCACUAACCUGAAAUAAUAUUAGAUAAUGGUAUGUGGUGUGUUGUUAUGUUUAAUAUACAGAUACAGAUAUAUAGAUAUAUAUACACACACAUACGAAUGAUGUAGACAUAAAGGGGGAGAAAAAUUAUGGAUGAUGCCACCUGAUUCAACUGUGUAUAAUAAACACUUAAGACAAUAUUUCUUACCUGGCUGAGAUCUGAUAUAAUGGAAUUGUGAAUACUCUUCAGAAUAAUUUCUUCAGCUACAGGAUGCUUGGUGUCAUAUAAUUUUAAGAACUUGGCAGUGGAGCUCCACUUGGUGCUUCACAUUUCUUCAUUUGGCUUCUGAUUAUUGAAGCAUUACUUGAACUAGAGGUUCCUGACGGAAAUGUUCAGAGGAGGUUUUAUGGAGAUUUUAAUUUAAGGUUUCAAAUGGAGGAAGGCAGGAAAUUUCAGCGUGGCUGGAUAGAACUCAUGCCUUCCUUUGUCCAGGCUUAUCAAAAUAAUACAUCUGCUCUGGAUAGCAUGAAUGAAUCAAUGUGCAGUUUUAUCAGAUGGCAUUACGGAUAAAGAUGAUAAUGCUGCCUUUUCUGUCUCAGGCUGUUUCCAUGGAAACCUCCAGAGCCAAACAAAAGCUACCAAUCAUUUAGCCAAAGCUUGCCUUGGCUCACAGACCUGUAUUUAAGAAAAACUGUUUUCAUACGUUUGGCUAUGAGAGCAAGGGCUCUUGAACAUACCCUAGAUUAUAGGAACUUUUUCCCUUCCCAGAAUGUUUCUCUUGAGAAAUUAAAAGUUUUUUAAAUGCCUUGUCCGAAGUCUGUCCCCUGAACAUCCCUCAUAUCUUCGGAUAGUACCUCCAACCCUGUCCCAGUAUAGCAGGUUUGAGGUCAUUUCUUAGAAUGUAGCUUGCCACAUUAAAGAGAAUAGGUUUACCCCACGUGUUCUCAUAAUGGACGUGAGUGUUUAGAACCUUAAAGUAGACGUAUUUAAUGAUCAAAGUCCUGGGAAACAGGACUUUGGAAAAAUAUAUGAAAUACUGAAAAAAAUCUGUAGGUUUAUACAAUACUAUAUAACAAGUAUAGGCUACUCCAGUGUAUCCUGGAUAAAUUAUUUUAGAAACAUAAUGGUGACUUAAUUUGGUGGCCAAAGUAACUAGAUUACUUUGAAUGUUCCAGGUUAUGGUGCCAUUGAUAAGGAAUUAAAGUAGGUCAAAAUUUAACUAGAGUUGGUAUUACUUUUUCAAGCUAACUUUCAAGGGGAAGAAAACUACACCUAUUAAUAUUUUCUGUAUCUAAUCAAAUACCUUUCAUAUAUAAUUAAUAGUCUCGUGUUAUCUUUUUGUAAAAUCCUUAACCUUUUGAAUUUAAACUGCAGUCUAAAAGUCUUUUGAUAAUAACUGUGGUGUAAUUAUCCUUUUGUCUCACUGGAUUUUAUAGUUAGUGAAAAUGCCUUUACUCUACAAAAUGUAUUUGAAAUAGUUCUGUCAUCUCAUUUACAAAUUUUUUCUUAUAUUGUGAUUUAAUGAACCUUAUUGUCUUUAUAAAGUGAAAUGGUGGCUUUGUGAAAUAAAUUUACCAAAAAUAGACAUGUAAACAUUUUUAAAGAUUCCUUACCAACUGAAACAAGACAGGCAUCUUUUGAGCUGAUACCCCACUUGAGUUUAUAGGCAGUUUGAUCAGCCAUCCCCAAAGUUGGAUCUGUUAUGAUAGUUUAAUUCUUGAGUCAGGCCCAGUGAGCAUUUGUAUUUCCUACCAACUACCUUGAUAUUAAUAUCUUGGGAGCUGCUGACCUGGAGUGGUUGUGAGAAGGCUCCUGGCUUCUUUGCCUCACUUAACAUGUAUUUUAAAGUCAAAGCACACUGUUUUCCCUUUGGUCCUCAAGCCUCAGUGAACCCCUUGGUGCAGUCUUCUCCACGCCCUGCAUGUAAUUUCACCCUAGAUCAGACUUUGUGUCCUGUGUCCAAGAGCAGCACGGGAGCAUGGCAUGCUUGUUUUCCAGAGUCAUAGGUGCUAGCCUUGUCUCCACACACCAGCAGUUGUAACACAAGUAUAUCAUAUUUCCUGAGUCACCAGUAAGAGAACACAAUCUUUUCUCAUCUAGGCCAGGAAUGAUGAAAAUGCUUAGCCUUAUACAUAAACUCCUAGGUUCUCAACACAUUUCAUAAAAGUAAAUGAGUAUUAUUUGGUAUGUUAAGAUAAUGUUUAAAUGUUCACCAUUUUAAUGAACACUUACAUUAUAAUUUUGUCCUUUUGUUAAAAAAAGUUGUACUUGACUGUAACUUAUUAAAUGUUCAAUGGAGUACAUUUCAUUUGUCUGAAAUCUUCU